AUGUCGGCAUCACUCCAGUACUCUGCACAGACCAAUGAGCGAUCAAUCAAUGACUAUGAAAUUCUGGAAGAUCUUGGCCAGGGCGCCUAUGGGCUUGUGAAACUGGCAGCUAAGAUUGGAGAUCCUGAACAAAGGAAAGUGGUGAUCAAGUAUGUGAUCAAGUCGCGUAUUUUGGUGGAUUGCUGGACAAGAGAUCGAAAGCUAGGACUUGUUCCAAUUGAGAUCCAUGUUAUGCACACAUUGCGGAGAAUUCCUCAUGAAAACUGCAGCGAUAUGUUGGACUACUUUGAGGAUGAUGAUAACUACUAUAUCGUGAUGGGUUUACAUGGAGCAGGGAUGGACCUUUUUGAUUACAUCGAACUCAAGAAUGGGAUGACUGAAGAAGAGAUCCGGGAUAUUUUCCGGCAGGUCGCUUCAGCCGUCCACCACCUUCAUAGCCACAAGAUUGUCCACCGAGACAUCAAGGAUGAAAAUGUCAUCCUUGACCAGCAUGGUGGUGUGAGACUGAUUGAUUUUGGAAGCGCAGCUUAUUUGCGUGAAGGUCGACGCUAUGAAACAUUUGUCGGCACCCUUGACUACGCAGCACCCGAGAUCCUGCGAGGCCAGACUUAUGAAGGCCCACCCCAAGACAUUUGGGCCCUCGGUAUCCUGUUGUACACGCUCAUGUACCGAGAGAAUCCAUUUUAUGAUAUUGAUGAGAUUAUGGCUCAGGAACUACGUGUUCCAUUUACUUUCUCCCAAGGGUCUCUUGACUUGAUAAAGAAGAUGCUUAAUCGUGAUGUAGAGAAAAGACUGACGAUCUCAGAGGUGCUGGCUCACCCAUGGUUGAGCUCUUAA